GUAUGUUGUUUCAUUUAAUUCUUAAAUAAUCCUUUACAGACUCAGAGAGGUGAAGAGAGUAGCACAGGUAGUAUCAGAAUUGGGAUUCAAACCUGACACAUACACUGAGCACUAAGUUAAAACCGGGCACUGGGCAGCUGCUGAGGAUGCGAUGGUGAGUACAACAGACUGCUUGCUCUUUUUGAUAUCUAGAAUCUUACAACUCUGCUGUGCUCAUCCUUGUCUGUUGUCAUUUACUAGUUGACAUCUUCGUUGACUACCUAGAAGCAGCUGCUUCGACAUCUAUCCCAACCUGAAUCCCGUCAAAGGGAGAUUACAACAAAUGUGCUUUUUGUCUAUCAUCUCUAGCUAGUGUUUCACAGUGGGGGGAGUAUCAUUUCCUGGGUGACUUUGCAUAGAGCAAGCUCCCCAAAGGCCAAGGAAUACUCAAUCUAGAUUCUUCCAAUCCUCCGGUACCCACCAAGUCAAAAGAAUUCUGGCUCCCUGUAGCUUCAUCUAAGUGCUUUUCUGUUAGAGGAGAAAAGUGAGGAAAGCGAUGCUCUUUCAAUAAGUUCGGCGGGGUGGGGCAAGGAAUGGUACAAAUUGAUUUUUUUUUUUUUUUCUUGAGACAGAGUCUCGCUCUGUCUCCCAAGCUGGAGUGCAGUGCCCCGGUCUCGGCUCACUGCGACCUCCACCUCCCGGAUUCAAGCGAUUCUCCUGCCUUAGCCUCCAGAGUAGCUGGGACUACAGGCGUACGCCACCACUCCCGGCUAAUUUCUGUAUUUUUAGUAGAGACGGGGGUUUCACCAUAUUGGCCAGGCUGGUUUCGAACUCAUGACCUUGUGAUUCGCCCGCCUCGGCCUCCCAAAGUGUUGGGAUUACAGGCGUAAGCCACCGCGCCCGGCCGGUACAAAUUAAUUUAACACAUCUUUUGAUAAUCUCAUCCUUGGUGUUGGAAAAGACGGGAAAAUCCAAAAGUGUCUAUUUUGUGCCCAAAUGCUCAAGUUAAUACUCGAGGGCCUUGAUCUCUGGCCUCUUGCCAUCCCUCUCCCCAUUAUUUCUGAAGAAGUAGCCAUUUUGCAGAUUCCAGAGGUUGGGAGCCACGGCCGGCCCCUGGUACUGAAUCUCAUCUCCUUCUCAGGGCUCCUUGGAUCAAGUUGGGACCGGCAGCGCCAAGGCUGCUCUCCGUGAUUUAGCAGCAACCUAGAGUCAGAGAGACCGGAAGAUGGGAGGCCGGGAUUCUCAGGUGGGGUCAGGGGUAUGCAAAAAUCCUUAGCAGCGGCCGCGCCCCCGCCCCGGGGAGGUAAUUUGCGGAGGGCGGUGCAGUAGCCUCUCCAGUGCCCGCGUCCCACGGUCUAACGGCACUGCUCCCGGGGUGCGCGGCCCACGACUCAGGCUGCCUCCCCCAACCUGACAAGUGUGCGUCCUUCCCACAAAAUGCCACCACUUCCCUAAGUGACGCUGGGCCCCGGGGAGCUGAUUUGAAAUCGGUGUUCAGAAGACCGAGCCCGGCUGGACGCAGCCGGCCUCCGGCUGAGAGCGUAGGGGAAGGGUUCCAUACUCUCCGAGGAUCCCGCGGGCUCGUGGCGUGUGGAACGCUUUUCAUCGCUUUCAGUUCCCGUUUCCUUCGCCCCGACUACCUACUCGGUCGCAGCUAAAGCCCGGAGCGUGGGAUCCGGGCCCGGAGGAACGGGAUGGCGAACGCGAGCUGCGCCGCGGCCAGGAGCCCGCCGCACCGGGCAUGCUCAGUGGCGCGGCCGGCUGGGUGGCCCGCGAGCUGCACCCGGAUCUGCUCGGCGGCGGCGACGUGAGCGCGCAGGGGGGCGGCGGCCUCGCCUCGUCUCUCUCUCUGCGCCUGGGUCGGGUGGGUGACGCCGAGAGCCAGAGAGAUGUCGGAUUUCGACAGUAACCCGUUUGCCGACCCGGAUCUCAACAAUCCCUUCAAGGAUCCAUCAGUUACACAAGUGACAAGAAAUGUUCCACCAGGACUUGAUGAAUAUAAUCCAUUCUCGGAUUCUAGAACACCUCCACCAGGCAGUGUGAAGAUGCCUAAUGUACCCAAUACACAACCAGCAAUAAUGAAACCAACAGAGGAACAUCCAGCUUAUACACAGAUUGCAAAGGAACAUGCAUUGGCCCAAGCUGAACUUCUUAAGCGCCAGGAAGAACUAGAAAGAAAAGCCGCAGAAUUAGAUCGUCGGGAACGAGAAAUGCAAAACCUCAGUCAACAUGGUAGAAAAAAUAAUUGGCCACCUCUUCCUAGCAAUUUUCCUGUCGGACCUUGUUUCUAUCAGGAUUUUUCUGUAGACAUUCCUGUAGAAUUCCAAAAGACAGUAAAGCUUAUGUACUACUUGUGGAUGUUCCAUGCAGUAACACUGUUUCUAAAUAUCUUCGGAUGCUUGGCUUGGUUUUGUGUUGAUUCUGCAAGAGCGGUUGAUUUUGGAUUGAGUAUCCUGUGGUUCUUGCUUUUUACUCCUUGUUCAUUUGUCUGUUGGUACAGACCACUUUAUGGAGCUUUCAGGAGUGACAGUUCAUUUAGAUUCUUUGUAUUCUUCUUCGUCUAUAUUUGUCAGUUUGCUGUACAUGUACUCCAAGCUGCAGGAUUUCAUAACUGGGGCAAUUGUGGUUGGAUUUCAUCCCUUACUGGUCUCAACCAAAAUAUUCCUGUUGGAAUCAUGAUGAUAAUCAUAGCAGCACUUUUCACAGCAUCAGCAGUCAUCUCACUAGUUAUGUUCAAAAAAGUACAUGGACUAUAUCGCACAACAGGUGCUAGUUUUGAGAAGGCCCAACAAGAGUUUGCAACAGGUGUGAUGUCCAACAAAACUGUCCAGACCGCAGCUGCAAAUGCAGCUUCAACUGCAGCAUCUAGUGCAGCUCAGAAUGCUUUCAAGGGUAACCAAAUUUAAGAAUCUUCAAACAAUACACUGUUACCUUUUGACUGUACCUUUUUCUCCAGUUACUGUAUUCUACAAAUAUUUUUAUGUUCAAAACACACAGUACAGACAGCAUGGAUAUUUCCUGUUCACUUGUGCAUGGGCUAAAACCAGGAAAACUUCCUUGUCUUAUUACUUUACCUAAUAGUUUCUUAAUAUUUCAGUGCCCCUUGCAGAAAAAAUAUUACAUGCUAAAUAAAUAUUCUCCAUAUUUUUUGGGGGAUGGCAUUCAGUGAAUUAUUUCAGGGGUGACCCACUGAAAAUUAAUAAUGGUACUUAUGAUUAAAAACGCAUUUAAUACUAACUGCAGUAGUUCUUUCAAGAAUCUUUAGAGAUAAGGAUUGCACAUUGGAAAAGUAAACCAUGUUUCAUUCCUUUUUCCCUAUUUAUAUUGAAAGAAAUAGGCCAGCAGAGACUUAGGGAUUUUAAAUUGGCUUGCUUUUUAGCUGUUUCAGUCACCAGUGAAGAGCCUAUGUGCAUUUUGUAGUAGAUAAUGUAAAAUUUGUCAUCUUUUUCUUUUCUUUUUUUUAGAAUAGCUGAUAUUUUGAUAACAAUCUCUAAUUUGCAUGGGCACCACAUUUCUUAUAUUAAAAGAAUUAGUGUUUUGGCUUCUGUACUGCUUAUGGUUGUAGGAUUCAGGGGUUAAUGGAAUCACAGAAAUGAUAUUCUGCAAGAAUUUCUUUUAAAUAAAAAGUUUGGGGGUGCAAUAUAAGAAGUUUAUAUAAUAUGCAGUACAUUAUCCAAAAGAGAAGGUAGUUAAUGCAGUAGAAAGUAGUGGUAAUAAUUCCUUUUUAAAAAAAUUUCGGUAGUCAUAUAGUAACAUUUUGCUAUAUGAAAACUUUGGUAUAUUCUGUGGUUACAACUAAGAUUGUGUCUGGCAGCUCUUUUUUGGGGAUGUGUGUGUGUGAUUUUUAACAGAGGUAUUAAAGGCUAGCCUAACUGUUGUCUAAAAAGAAUGUACAGUAUUUAAGGGAUUUUCCUUUUAGCUUUUCAUCUCCAGUGGCAUUAAACAUAAAAAGACCCUGGCAUUUUUUCACAUACUUGAAUCCCUAAAUGCACCUGUCUUUCACUUUUUGAGACAGACUGAAUAUAUCUAAAAUUUCCAGCAAUAAAAAAAAAAGCAUUUAACUUGCACCAAGCAAGAAAAUAUAAAUACAGUUAACUGCAUUAAGAUAAUCACAUUAAAAUUGUUACUAUGCAGCACAGAACUUCAUUCUUAUAGUAUUCUUGGGUUCAAACUUUGAAUCAAUUUUACCACUGAUUAAAUAAAUGACUCAAAGACAUCUGUAAGUCAUGCUGCUGUGUUUUGAAAGUCUUUAACUAAUUUAAGAUUGCAGAAUGAUAGUGAUUAUUCAAUUAGAUUUUAAGUAAGGAUUGUGAUAUUAGAGGCUGGAAAUCCUUAUUUUUUAAAAAAUCAGAUAGGCAUAAAUAGUUAAAUCACUUUCAUUCUCCCCAAACCUGUAGUUACAGAAAAAGUUUUAUGCUAGAGGUGGGAUGCCAAGUUUUCACUAUCCAUGAAGCAGCGCUGCGUGUCACUAGGUAACACAGAUCCAUCCAGAUGGUGUUUACAUUUGAUUUAUUUGGGAUCUUAUUGACAUCAGGUAUACUUGGAAGACAUUUCUUUUAUUCUUCAGCGUAUGAAUUUAAAGCUGUUUUUUGUAAAUAUUUCUAAUCAGCGAUAAUUUCUACCUACGUUCUCAACCAACUUAGCCAGUUUGUUUUUCAGAGCCUGUAGUCUUAUUGGAAAUCUAUUUUAUCAGUGUGCUUUAUUGAGUGUAGAUUUUGCAUACAUUCAAAACAUUAACCACAGAAUACAGCAAGUGCACCUAUAUUCACCAUUAACUUAUAUCCCAAGUCCAUUUUUUCCUAUACACUACAAACAAAAGAUAUAUUAGAGACUUUUGAAAAAUGCUGAAAUACUUUGCUUCAGAAUUGGAAUGUUUAUAUUAUGUAGAAAUCCUCAAAGGUAGCAUUAUUAAAUAGCAAAGAAUAAUUAGAACCCACAUAUCUUUUUUUGUGUGGAUGGGGAAAAUGUUUUAAAAUCCAGUUAUUUAAUAUGAGUUUGAGAGAGAAAAUUGUUUUUUAAAAAUAUAUGUGCAUUGAAAUGAUGGCAAUGCUUAUAGUAUGAUCAAGUAUGAAAGGAGCUUUAAAUUCUUAUAUUUACUUUUCUCUCAGUAAAUUGUUAAAUUUUCACUCAGCAAAAGAUUGGCAUUUGUUAAGUGUUCUAUAUUUAGUACUAAAAUCACAGUCAUGAAAUCAUAGUCAUAAAAUGGUCUUCACAUAGCAGUCAUCCGUGUCAUUUAUCAGUUUGUAAUAUUAAAUUAUGGCAAUUUUAUUUCAAACUAAAGUUUGAACACCGGAAAGUCAUUACUCAGUGAUUUGUAAUUUGGGACUUGGAUUAUUUAUCUAGAGAUGUUUGUAUAUUUUGUCAGUAACUAAUACUGCGCUGCCAUCAUGGUGACUGUCAUGGUUCUACAGAAAUGCCCUCCAUGUGUCCCUCUAAUGUUGCAUGUUUCAGUGGGUUGGAAGUUUUGUAUAUUUAUUGUAUUAACACAGAGUGUCAUAAAAUAAAAUGCUGUUUACUGGA